AUGAUAGCUAUAGAUUUCACCAAUCCACUAUGGCUCACCUAUUUUUAUCAUUUUAUCGGAGUCAUUUCUGCAAUUCUGAACACUUUGGGAAUCUAUCUAUUGGCAUUUAAGCUUGGAAAGCUUGGUCCUUUUCGGUUUUAUUUGCUGGGGUUUCAGAUUUCCUGCAUGCUCACGGAUAUUCAGCUGAACUUGCUCAGCCAACCUAUAUCACUUUACCCAUUGCUGGCCGGGUACACUCAAGGAGUCAUGUCCACAAUUUUUGGGAUUUCCAGUCAUUUUUGCGCGAUGAUAAUCGGCUUUUUGGCAUUAAUUCAACUCGAAGCUCUAACUCUCUGUUUCGGAAAAAAGCAUCAAGCUAUUGCAUAUAUUCUAAAAAUCCAUUUAGUCCACGACGUUUUGCUAUAUUUCUGCUAUUUUCUGUGCAUUUUCGCCCCAGUUGUGCUCUGUGCGAGCAUGCAAUAUUUAAGCUUGAGCCGAGAGGAGCAGUUGGGUUAUAUCAGAGAGAAUUUCCCGUACCUCUAUCCAGAUUUCCUGAAGCUCCCGCAUUUUGUCCUGUACAUUCGGUCGCCGAACCUUGUCUGGCUGUUCCUAAGCAUUUUCGUCGGCGGCUUAACGAUUUCCCUAAUAUUUUCAAUAUUUAUUUUGGAUCUAUUUCGGUUAAUGCGAAUCUUACGACUAAAAAUAUCUAGGUCAACAUAUCAAAAGCACCAAGAAGCCUUGAGAAGCCUGAUGGUUCAACUGAUGACUUCUAUUCUGUGCAUUGGCCCUCCAUGUGCUCUGGUGGCGCUUGUCUACCUGGAAAUUCCAAAUGGAAGAUUGCUUUCUGAAAUUUUAAUAGCAAUGUUUGCAAGCCAUUCCUCAAUCAAUAUGCUCUCGCUUUUCAUAUUUUUCCCGCCAUAUCGCAGGCUUUUCGGGUGGAGUCUGAAAAAGAGCCGGACAAAGAGAGUGUCCUCUAUGUUUUAA